AUGUCCCUCGACUCGCCGCGGAACUCCAGCCUCACUGUCCUUGAGCCCGUCCAGAGCAAGAAGAGAUCCUAUGCGCAGUACCUGUCCGACAUCGACUCGCGAUUCCACCACCUGACCAGCGACGUCUUCCCCUACCAUCCCUACCUCCUCACCGUCCCCAGCGAACGGCCCUACCGCCUGGGCUCCCAGACCGUUUCCAACUGGGCCGUGGGGAACGGCUGUCUGUUUGCGCCGGAGGAGGAGCAGCUCCAGUACCUGACCUUUCUGUCUCGCCAGGCAGAGGACACGCUGCUCGUCGCCGUGGGGGGAUGGUCGGACGAGAACGGGAAUAUCAUGGCCGAGGAGCCUGAGAAGCCGCCUCCCGAUUCUACUGCGCCGCACCGCCUGCAGAAAAAGAAGAUUACCUUUAAUGAUUAUAAGAGGAAAGCUCUGGAGAGUCCCGCACCGCCCACCCCUACCACACUAACCAACGGGAAAAUGGGCCAUUCCCCACACAGCGAAGAAGCUAUACCAGCCCCCAGGGCUGAAAUGCCAAACUCAAUCGCCAUCUCGACAAAGUAUACAGACUCUAGAAAGCGAGAUACAGCUCCGCCUGUCGGCCGCCCCUCCGCAAUUCAAGCAAAGAAAUCACCAUCAAAGCCAACCGAACCAACCCACCCUCCUCCCAUCAAAAGGCCUCGUCAAGAUAUCAACAAUGACCAAGAAUCACAGCCAAUAUCCACCAAAUCAACAAAAAACUCGCCAGCCGUUCCCGAAUUACUUUCCCCUACUCUCCCUCCAGCCACCAGCAGUCCGUCCCGUUUACCCCCGCUGCUCUCCCCGACUCUUCCCCCCGAGCUUGAAGAGGAGCUGCUCAACCUUGCAGACCCGUCGCCAACAAAAGACGAACCUCGCCUAGCGAAAAAGACCAUACCAAAACCUACAGUAGCUGCUCCAAAUGGCUCUGCAAAAUCAACAAAACUAGACCUAGGUCGAGGGCGAUCGGCAUCGGCUUCGAGUACGGCCACGAAAGGUGACUUGAGAGCAAAACAACUGAACGGAUCAACCUCGAAGGCCGCCGUCAAGAACUCGCCUAUUCCCCCACCACUCGCGCAACGGCCCGUCAAGAAAAUCGUCGUCCCUGCAGCCGCGAAGGCCAAGCCUGUGCCUUCCUCCACCGCGGGCAAGUCGGUGCCGGCUACUCCUGUCAAGCCCAAACUCAUCGCCAAGCUCAAAUAUGGCCGCCAGAACAAAAAACGCGUGGAGGCCCUGCUGCGAAUGCCCAAGCGUGGGAAACCGUCCGUCGAGAAGCCCCCAGCAAAGCAAAGGACUCAAGAGGUUACCCCAAAUAGAAAGGAAACCAAAGCGCCCAAGACUUUUCAGGACAACUCUGAGACUUCUAUUGGCAAUAAACGCCCCAAGCCCUCUGACGGCGGCCUGGCAGAUAGCCCUGCGCUCAAGAGACCAAAGACUACAGCAGUUGCUGCGUCCGAACGCCCGCCAACACCCAGCGUAUCCUCUACAUCUAAAGCUGCUGGUCAGCAACCAAAGGCCCAAUUUGCUGCUCCACGAAAGGAGCCGAAAACUGACGGCAAAAGCACUGCUAUGCGACGCACUGGAUCCUCUGAUAGCGAACUGAAAACACCAACGGCCAAAAUGAAUUAUGUGCAUGAUGAAAAGCAGAGUGAAAAAACAUCUCCUACAUUGUCUAGUCAAUCUAACAAAUCGCACGAUUCUUCUGACUGGCGGGCAUGGCGCGACGAGUGGAUGAAAUUCAAGGAUAUUGGUCGAGAAGUGAAGCAUGCGUCAGAUCGCCUUGCAAUGGCCAGCUCUCAUCCAUCGCCGGAAGCACAGCUCAGCGCAGUGACUGCCCUGGAAGGCGUUCUGUGUUUUAUCCUUGCUUUCAUAGCCGAAGACAAGUGCAAAUCUCUCACCCGCCAAAUCGGCGACUCGGCGAACUGGCGCUCGCUCAUUCCCUACUGGCAGGCUGUUGCCAAUCGUACGGCGCCAUACCCGCACAUAAACGGCCUCUGCCUACUCCUAGGCGCGAUCUCCCACGCCGCUAUCCACACGCUUGACCUUGAGCGUCUGGCUACCAUAGCUUUCCCCAGCGAUUCCUCUGGAAGCACCAAUAGCACUAACAAUAAAGACAAAACCAUUGUCUCCACCCCUGGCACGCAUGACCCCGACCACCCAUCUCCCUCCUCCUCCGUCCUCGCUCAAGACUCCAAACUCUUCCGCGAUCUGUCGGACCUGCGAACACGUCUCGUGGAGUCGCAUCGCGAGUCUAACCGCCUCUGGCUCGAAGGCAGCCGUCUCCUGCCGGACUCGGUGCUUGCUCGAGAAUACCCAGCUACGUGGCUGCGGCGGUGUCGAAAUCACCCCGACAGAGGCAGGGAGGUGCUCAAGCCCGGGAGAUACAGUGGAGAUUUUUACUUGCCGCUCGCGAGAGAUGGUGGUAUGGGAACGGGAGCGGGCACCGUGGGCGCCAUCGAAGGAGUGCGGUUUGCCUCCGUGUUUUUGCAAGAAUGGAGCGAAAAAGAAGGCGUAGCAUGGCUGGCGAAGUUGACAUUAUGA